GCCAUAAUUGUCUUUUGUAGCUAUCUCAUCGAACGAUAUGUACUUUUUCAGACCUUCAACAGUGCAAAGCGAGAAAUGCAAGAAAUUUGGAUGCCUCAGCAACGUGACGAUGGAUACUUAUGGAAGUGUAAACUGUUUAAAGAUGUGACUGAGAGAGACAGUGGACUGAAAUGUGAACUAUGUGAAUUAAAUUUAUUUUGAACAAAUGUAUCGAACGCAUACCUAACGUAAUUUUCUCUCUCGAAAUAAAAGUUGUUGAUGCAAUCGGGUGCUUUUGCAACUUAAAAAGACAAUGACGGAGCACGUAUAUGUUAUCAAAGUGAAGACAAAACCGCCGUUGUCGUCUUUGUAUCCAUCAGAGCGUCGUUAUUCAGCGUCGACAGUCGGCGGGCUAUCCUUGGUCCACUUUGGUCUCGGAGCGGUAUCCCUCCUUCUAGGCAUCCUCGCCUUGUCCCUGCAGGGCCCGAUUCUGUCUAUUGCGUGUCUGGUGCCGUUUGUGACUGGUCUCCUCGCUUGGCGACGUUGGUACGUCGACCGGAACAUAGCCAUUUUCUUUUACGGUUGCCUCUUCUCCUUAGUAGUUGCGAUUCUCUGCUUCGUCGUCACGAUUUUUGACAUCACGGCAACUAUCAACAGCACUGAUGAAUCCUUGUGGCCGUUGAAGAAAAUUUUCGACGCUCCUUACUCUCUUCAUCCCGCCAAGGAGUUCAUAAACGAUACUCACGUGAACAAUGUUACAUCAACCGAGGAAAAUUUAUUCAAUGUCACUACAGAUCAUGACUUUUUAAAGAUCAAUGAAUCUAAAUUACCUGUUACUUCAAAAUCUCUUAGUACCGAGUUCAACGUAUCAGAUUUUCAUGUCGAUACUAAAAAUGAUCAUCACGAUUCUCAAAAAAAAACGACGUUCACGUUCGAAGAAAAGCUGAUGAUAUCAAGAGAAAUUUUCCAGAAUAUUACGCAAGGAUCUGUGGAUUUGACGAAAGAAAAGACUAAAACUUUCUGGCGCAACCAUUAUGAUGACUCGUCGCAUGCCAGAAUGCUGUUGACUUUAAACGUCCUGGUGGCGUCUCUCCUAGAGAUCUUCUGGUCGCUGCUCAGUGCGAAAAUCGCUUUCUGCGGAAUGACAAAUCAAUUGCCGGAGAAUGGUAACAUCGUCGCUGAAUCGAAAACGACGAGAUUUCCACUGCAAAAGAGAAAACCUCCGGCAUCCAAACCGGACAUCUUAGACCAUGAUCGUCAGCUAUCUGAGACUCUUCAAAAUUUGCCAGGUUUCGCUGAUAUCGGACCGCGAUUACCCUUACCGGAAUUUAAUAGAGAGAUUAGAGAAAGAGUCGAGAGAUUCUUGGCAAAUCAGGCAACGCAUAGGGUUGUUGAAGGUGCCUAAAGUUAACAAUUCCCAAAUAUAUAAUUAUUUUUCGAUAAAUUAUUUAUAGAAAUCUUA